CAGAUACCUCCGCUCCCUUCUUUCUUUCUUUCUUUUUUGUCCUGCCCCCUCGGCCCCCCGUCUGUCCCAGCUACCCUUUGUAGAGAGAGAAAGAAAGAAAAAAAAGCGCCGACAUGCAAGACCGACAGAGAGGAGUACUUAGUUAGAGGAUUUAGUUAACUAUUCCCGUGUCGACAGACGUAAGACGUUUGGGGCGACCGACCGACUGCUGCUGCUGCGCAGUGCGGGCCGGGGGGGAUGUGUGUGUGUGUGUGUGGUAUCUUAGGUAUUUUUCAUUGGGCGCGUCCGGCGGCGAACAGGUAUCAGGUAUGGGAUACUUGUAAAGAUGGUUGUUGAGGACUGGGUUGCUGUUUUUUUUUCUUCCUUCCUUCUUUUCUGCGAGCUCUUGAGCGUGGGUUUGCUAUUUUUUUUUUGGUUGCUUGGUUGCUUGGUUGCUUGCUUGCCUGGUUGCUUGCUCUCCUUUUCGGCGAUGCGACUGGUCGUGAACGUCCUGCGCUAAAGCUCAAUAUACUUCCCGACCCGGCUGCGACUACGAACGGUGAUGCUGCUGCUGCUGCUGCUGCUGCUGCUGCUG